UGGAUCUAUUUUCAGUCUCCAGCAGUGUCCUACUGCUUCGGGGGAAUGGGAGUCAUAAGACCAGUGGAGAAUGGGACAUCUGGACCAGGCUUGCUACAUCCUAAAAAGARGGWGGGGUCAACAGAGAGAGAUUGGUGGUACACCCAGUACAGACAGUUAUCACAUUACCUGGCCCUGCUCUGUUUUCUACUGACCAUGGCCACACUCCUACAGACCUUUUACUUGGUGCAGAUCACCUUGGUCUUCCAAUCCCAGUCCACCUUGCAGGAGGUCAGACUCAAAGACCUGACUCAGAAGCUGAACACCCUGAACCACUCCUACCUCCUCCUCUUCCACAAGUARCCAGCACUCAACCAGUACUGUCCCAUCACCAAUAGCAGCACCAAUGAACGCGAGUGCAGGCCGUGCCCAGAGGGAUGGGAGUCUUUUGGGGAGAGAUGCUACCUCUACACCCAUGACAGACUGGACUGSAUUUCCAGCCAGUACCACUGCCUAUCUGUAGGGGGCAACCUUGCCAUGGUGAAGAGUGAGGAGGAGCAAAUUUUUCUGUGGAAGAGAGCCAAGGAGUUGAGCCAGGGAGACUCCUACUGGAUCGGCUUGAGGAAUGGUAACCCAGGCGGGGCCUGGCACUGGGUGGACGACUCCCCGGUGGAGAAGGGGUUUUGGGACAUAUUUUGGGAUCACGAGCCAGAGAAGGGGGACACCAGGGAACUGUGUGCCCGGCUGUCGCCAGGAGACAGCCACAGGGCCAGUUGGUACGCCACCAUGUGCAAGAACAGCCUGAAGAGCGUCUGUGAGAGGACCCAGGGCACCCUGCAGUGACAGACCAUAUCUCAGAAGAGGAGAGAAAGGGGAAGGGAGAGGGUAGUCAGAGUCAGUGCAGUUUGGUUGCAUUAAAUAUCUUUUAACUGUCUUUUGAUGUAUGGUAUUGGUAAUUAUGCAAUGUAUGUACAACUGAAAUACAUAACGAAAUACCUAUGAUUUGUCAUUUUCUCUUGCUGGUGGAUGUGGGGGUUUGCACAUUGAAAAUUAAGUUGCUGUAAAAUUGCUAGCCUACAUCCAUUUUUUGACUUUUAAAUUAAGAAUAUAAACCCAUUGAUUCUCUAAGUAUUCACACCCCUUGACUUUUUCCAAAAUGUGUUGUGUUACAGCCCAAAAUUCAAAUGUAUUGAAGU